GGGCCACCCUUUCUCCGGCCUCAGGAGCGCGGUUGCUAAGGAGCUGAACUGGGAGUGCGGCCCGGGGAGCGGGGCCCCGGCGCGGGGUCCGGGAAGAAAUUUCUUUGUGACUCCAUGACUUCAAGAUUUCUAACCAUGCGCCAAUUGACUAUGGCCAUUUUACACCAUCCCAAGUCCCAAAGUAAGGUAUCUAUAUGGUCUUUGACUUUGAUAUUUGGGCUUUCCAAACCCAAAUGCAUAUCCAGAAUAUUCAAAGGGAUAAGUGGUGAAUUAACAAGGUAAGUUUUCUCAGGAAGAUCAAGCUCCCAAGCUUGGUGAGGGGUAUGGACACUCUCAAAAGAUGCCAAGCAAGCCAGUGAUGAUGGAUCCAAAGCAUUCAGUUUCCCAACAAUCAGUAGCCUGUGUGAGUCCACAAUCUGACACAAUGCUAAAAGGAGAAGGGCUGAAGAAUGAUUUGCCUGAAAGGACUGAGCCUUGUGGGAACACUUCAGAGUUUCCUUUCAAUAGACUCUUAAGACUGACGACUGAGGAAAUGAAAUUUAACAUGAAGAUCAAAUCCAUUACCCCCAAACCACCCAGAAAACCAAAGCUGGAGCGAACAUUUUCCUUAGAUGAGAAAGGCUGGAGGAGAAGGCGUUUUAAAACAAGCCACGAAAGUCUGACAGACCCUAAUGAGACAGUUUCAUCUUCUGGCUCCCCAAAAGAGGUGACUCCAAGUCCUCCAACUUUGACUACAUUAGUUCAUGAUGGCAAUCAUACUUCUCUUAAUCUCAACUGCCUACACAGCACCUCUUUGCAGAAUAUUCCUGAACCAAAAGACAUAGGAAAUAGUGCAAAUCCACCUUCCUCCUUGGAAAUUAUUCCUUCCACUGUGAAAAGUGGUUCUCUGGAACUUGUGGAUGGUGUUACAGCUUCAGGAAGUAAACCUAGAUUUUCCAAAAUAUUGCCACCAUUAGCACUUCCCCCUUUGGAAUUGAAUGUAGCAUCUGAAACUCUAAGGACAGCUAAUAAAAUUGACCCAGAUUAUGUAAAUUAUAAACAUCAUGCUCAGAGUAAAUUGCUCAGGCCAGAUAGUAGCCUGAGUGAUGGUAGAUUACAAAGCAGUGUGGUUUGUGAUAACUGUUCCACGACCUCUGUGAAGUCCUCCUUCAGCCUUCUUACACCCAUUCACUCAAAGGAUAUCAGAAGCAGGGCCUAUAUGGAAGGAAGCCUCUUAACAAGUGGUGCCUUGUUGGGAGCAAAUGAACUAACCCGAUACUUUCCAGAUCGGAACAUGGGACUCUUUGUGGCCACAUGGAACAUGCAGGGUCAGAAGGAACUUCCAAAUAACCUGGAUGAUUUUUUAUUACCUUCUGAAGCUGACUAUGUCCAGGACAUGUACGUUUUAGGAGUACAAGAAGGCUGUUCAGACAGGCGGGAAUGGGAGAUCCGGCUCCAGGAAACAUUGGGACCUCACUAUGUAAUGUUGUACUCAGCUGCCCAUGGUGUACUAUACAUGUCAGUAUUUAUAAGACGGGACCUCAUCUGGUUCUGUUCAGAAGUGGAAUAUUCAACAGUAACAACUCGAAUUGUGUCUCAGAUUAAAACCAAAGGGUCAUUGGGAGUCAGUUUCACCUUUUUUGGCACCUCCUUUCUCUUUAUCACAUCUCAUUUCACUUCUGGUGAUGGGAAAGUAUCUGAUCGACUAUUAGACUACAGUAAAACUAUCCAAACACUUACACUUCCAAAGAAUGUCCCAGAUACAAACCCAUAUCAAUCUAGUUCUUUGGAUGUCACAACUCGAUUUGAUGAAGUAUUCUGGUUUGGAGACUUCAAUUUUCGGCUGAAUGGUGGACGAAUGGCAGUAGAGUCAAUCCUGAAACAGAAUCUGGAGAUGAAUAUGUCAGAACUACUUCAGCAUGACCAGCUUAUUAAAGAAAUGAAGAAAGGAUCUAUUUUCAAGGGGUUCAGGGAAGCAGACAUUCACUUUUUCCCUUCAUAUAAAUUUGAUGUUGGAAAGGACAGCUAUGAUAGCACUUCCAAGCAGAGGACGCCUUCUUAUACAGACCGAGUUGUAUAUAAAAGCCGACAAAAAGAUGACAUCUACCCAGUCAAGUAUUCUUCCUGUCCUGGAAUUAAGACCUCUGAUCACCGUCCAGUAUAUGGUCUGUUCCGAGUAAAAGUGAGACCUGGGAGAGAUAACAUUCCUCUAGCUGCUGGCAAAUUUGAUCGAGACCUCUAUUUAUUAGGAAUUAAAAGACGCAUUUCAAGAGAACUUCAAAAACAGCAAACACUUAAAGACCAAAAAUCCAGUAUGAUUUGUACUAUUUCCUGAAAAAUCUGACCUCUCAAGAACCUGACAAGCCAACAGUAAGGGAAAAUCACCCCAACACGCCAAAGGAAUGCAUCAAUCUGUGUAUGAAGAAAGCUCGCUAUAAAAUACUAUUCCAUCUUUAGUGACCCAUGAAGACUAUCUUAAAUGUUGCUCUGUUCUCUGUUGUAUCUUACCAAAAAAACUGUAGCACACUGGCUGUGAAAACUCAGUAAUGAUGGGGUAUCUCAUUUAUCAGUGUCCCAGGAAGGACAGGUGUUCUGAGAACAAUUUGCAUUCCUUGUAAAUAAAUAAAUCAUUCUCUAUUUGUAGUACUUCCAUUAUGAAUAAGGCAAAUUAUAAUUACUGACAUUUCAGAUAAUUCUAGCAUAUUAAUACAAUCAUUGGCACUCUGCUUUGGAAAUCACUUGAUGAAUUACAAUUUGCCCUAAACAGCUUAUGUGAUCUAAGGCAGUAUUUUAUUUCCUUAAUGUUUUCUGCCAAAGAACUCUCUUUAAUACCUGACUAAAUUUCAGUUUUUUUAAAAGCUAGAUAUUUUGGCCACAUACUCCCACAGCUAGUGCAAUUUAACUCUUGUAGGUCCAUAUGUGUUUUUCCUACAUUUAACCUCCAAAUAUAUAUCUAAAUAUAUAAAUGUGUGCGCUUUGUAUAUAUGUGUGUAUAUACACACAUACAUGCACAUUUCCUUUCCUUUAUACAGGAAAGGAUACAUCACUCCCCUUGUUUCUAUUGAAUAGAAUGCUGCAGGAUUUUGAGCCAUUUAGUUAAUGGAACCUUCUCCCUUACCAGGGCACUAAGUCAUGGGAAUAGAGCUAGUAGUUUGUCAGUUCUGCUUGGGGAAAUUUUAUUUUAUUUAUUUUUUAAUUGAAGUUUUUUAUUUUCAAAACAUAUGCAAGUAUAAUUUUUUUCAACAUUGAUCCUUGAAAAACCUUGUGUUCCAAUUUUUCCCACCCUGAGGAAAUUUUAAGCUAACCUUGUGACUUAGGACCACUUAGGAUUGUCCUUGGGACACGAACCCUACCUAAAUCCAAGAGUCAUUAUUAAGAGGACAAGAGAAAAAUAAAGGACAAAAGGUCGUGCUGAAAUAAUCUGGUUGCCCUUACUAAGCUCAGGAGAUGACUAAAAGCCAAAUUUACUUCAGGGAGGGAGUAGCCAGUGAUUCUCCAAGGUUAAUAUUAUAUAUACAUUGUCAUCACAAAACUUCAUUAUUCAUCAUUAAGAAUUUUUAUCAGCUUCAAAAAUUCUCAUGGAAGUCAUCCCCAAGUAUCAUUUUAUGAAAUUACUUCAAGAUUUUGGGGAAACAAGGGAACAUUGUAGAAAUGAUAUAUUUGUAGAUAGAUGGUCCUUUUGUUUGUUUUACUCAGGUCAUUUGCUUCUUUAAACUUAUUAAGAAUCAGCCAUCAAAUAGCAUCAUUUAAAAAUCCUUUUCAUUUACUUGUCUAAUGAUUUGAAUAUUUGGAGAGUUACUAUUUUGCACUAAUCCUGGAAAAACAACUACCCAUUUUUAAAAGUUUUAUAACUCAUUACUUGUCUCAUAUCCAAAACAUUUUAGGCCUUGAAUAUGUGGCAAUCAAGGUAGAUUCAACCUAGUCUCAUAAAUUAAUAUUUAUUUUUCCUAUUUAUAUUUUAAAAUAAAUAUAUAUUAAAAUUUACAAAGUGAAUUUAGGUCUUAUCUGUAGCUGUGUUUCCCUAGUGAUUUUAGAGUUCUAACAGAAAAAAAAAAUAUAUAUAUAUAUAUAUGCAUAUAUAUACAUAUGUAACAUUCAAGUUGAAAAGUUAAGAUUUAAAAACAACUAACCAGAAUCUUUCUGGAUUUCAAUUACAUAAUUUCUAUUUUUUAACAUAUAAGUGAAAUUUAUUGUAAAUACAUCAGAAAAUAGAACAUAUUAAAUGAGACUUAUAAUUUCUGCUAUAGGAAAUGAGACUAUGAAAUUUGAAUUUCCAGAUGUUUAAGUCAACAAAGAAUAUUUUAAAAGCAAAAUUCAUCAUUUAAGACAUUUAUAGAAAUACUAUUUAUCUUCUAGGUAAGCUCCUAUUAGGAAGAAUUCCAAAUAGCUGUUCAGUUUGAUUUAAUUUACUGGAAUGUUCUAUAAAUACUGCUUAAACAAGUGGGCCAUAUAUUUCAUUCAGAAAUUAUUGUUAUAUUGGCUUUUAUGUAGUUAGAUUUGACUUGAACAAAUUUUUGCAGAUUGAGUCAGAAAAUAUUUUCCCCAAAUGAGGAAUAAAUUUCAUUUCAGAGCAGGUAAGUGGCGCAGUGGAUAAAGCACCAACCCUGAAGUCAGAACAACCUAAGUUCAAUUCUAGUCUAAGACACUUAACACUUCCUAGCUGUGUGACCCUGGUCAAGUCACUUAACCCCAAUUGCCUCAAUUAAAUAAAUAAAUAAAAAUAAAAUUUAUUUCAACUAUAAAGUAAUUAAUACAUUAAUUCACUUAUAUAGUAAUUUGUGAUUAAGAACUUGAGAGGAAGGCAAUAUAUAAAUCUGAUUUUUAAAAUCACACUUUGUUGAGUAAAUUACUUAACCAUGAACUUUCAGAUUCUUUAUAAAGUGAAUUCACUCCUAGAAAAUUAUAGUUAAAGUAAUUUUGAGUGAGCACAAGUUGCAGUUGUAAAAAUUCUCUAUGAAAAGUAAGUUAUUUGCAAGUUUCCUAAGCAAUAAUCAAAUCUGCUUAAAUUUUUGGUUUGAUUAUUCUGAGUUGCUAAUUCAAAAAGUUUUUGUGUAUCAGGUCUCUGAUAAAUUGUUUUCAUCUCGAAUUUUUUUUAUAUUUAAGCUAUACAUUUUUGUAUUUUUUUUUUAAGUUAUACAAUUUUUGGUACUUACACGAUUAAAACUGAAUUGCCAAGAAACAAAUCCAAAA